AACUCACAUCUCUCUCUCUCCCUCUCUCCAUCCAUAACAUACAUUACACACUAUUAUACUAUUAUUAGGCAUUUGUUUGGCUCUUCCUCGAUUUGAUCGAUCGUCCCUCUCUCUCAACUCUUUGCCAGUAAUGGCAGUGCCUCAGUGGUAGUGCAAGUAAAGAGGGUCAGAGUGUUUUCAUCGGGAAGGUAAAGCUUUGCUUCUUCACACGUCCCAGCUCUCUCUCUCUCUCUGCUUUCACCUUCACACAAUCACACAUAUUCUCUCAUAUUCAUUCACAUGAUCAACCCAACUCCAAUACCAACCAUUGAACUCAGAUUUACUGUGCUGGUUUACUCAAUCUGAACCACCACCGCGUGCGGACCCUGAUCACUUGAAUUUCCCUACAAAGAUUAUCUCAGAGGGAAAGUACUGUGCUAGUUAACGCUACUCGUUUGCUUGUUUACAUAAAAACAAACACUCUUCAAGUGCAAACCAGCUGAUCGCAGGCUUUGGCAGACUCAACCAAUUUGAGAAAAGCUAACCCCACUACUACUACCACUAUCACUAACUUAGGAUUUUCCUGUAUAAAGCCUGAAGCUCGUGUAGCUUAAAACCCGGGAGAGCCUUUGCAGAUAUAUACAACCUAGCUCGAUCUGUGUUUUGUCUUAGUCAAUUGUUAUUAUUGUAGCUAGCAAAACCUAGAAUUGUGAAAAUUGUCUUGAAAGAGAUCCAGAGAUAAUGCAGGGUGGCUCUAAUGGCAGUAACUCGACGGCGUUUGGAGAUAACCCUACUAACAAUAACGGCGGAGGGCUGUUUCCGAUGACGGUGAUGAUGCCUCUGAUGACUACUACCAACUCCCAGCACCAUCAUCUUGCUCAGCUUCACUCGAAUAAUAGUCCAUUUGUUCUGCUACCUCCAAACUACAACAAUCAUCAUCAGCAAGACCAAAAUAACCCUGCAGCGGUGGUAGGCUGUUAUUUCAUGGAUCACAACACCAACAACGGUGGUCAUGGGAGCUCUUCUUCUUCUUCCUCUUCGUCUUCUUCGAUCAAGUCAAAGAUUAUGGCUCAUCCUCAUUAUCACCGUCUACUAGCUGCUUACAUCAACUGUCAAAAGGUUGGGGCGCCACCGGAGGUGGUGGGGAGGCUGGAAGAAGCAUGCGAGUCGGCGGCGACGGUAGGUCAGAUGGUGCGUUGUAGUAGUGGAAGUGGGGAUGGACAUGGUUCACUAGGUGAAGAUCCAGCUCUGGAUCAGUUCAUGGAGGCCUACUGUGAGAUGCUGAUCAAGUAUGAGCAAGAGGUUUCUAAACCCUUCAAGGAAGCCAUGCUCUUUCUACAGAAGAUCGAGUCUCAAUUCACAGCCCUCACCGUUUCCUCUGCUUCUGCUACCGAUUCGGGUUAUGGAGAGGGAGGUAUGGAUAGGAACAAUAAAGGAUCAUCUGAAGAAGUUGAUGUGAAUAACAACUUGUUGGUAGAUCCACAAGCGGAAGAUAGGGAACUCAAAGGUCAGCUUCUGCGCAAGUACAGCGGAUACUUGGGCAGCUUGAAGCAAGAGUUCAUGAAGAAGAGGAAGAAAGGCAAGCUGCCUAAAGAGGCCAGGCAGAAGUUGCUUGAUUGGUGGAGCCGACAUUACAAAUGGCCUUAUCCAUCAGAGUCCCAGAAGUUGUCUCUUGCAGAAUCGACAGGUCUGGACCAGAAGCAAAUAAAUAACUGGUUUAUCAACCAAAGGAAGCGGCAUUGGAAGCCGUCUGAGGAUAUGCAGAUUAUGGUGAUGGAUGCUUCUCAUCCCACCCACUAUUACAUGAACAACAUGGACGUUUCACCAUCAUUGCUCUGAGUCUCUGAGCUUGCAUAAUCUCAUAGUUCUUGCCGACUUUUUAUAUAUAAAUAUAUAGCUAUGUAUGCUAACUAUGACCCGAAUGUUUAUUCAAUUGUAGAAUGUGUAUGCAUUUGACUGAUUGGAUCUAAACAAUAUUUAUAUAUGAUGGAUUAUUUCGCAUGC